ACCAGAUCUUGGACUCUCACUCGGGCGGAUAGAGAGACGGCUCUCCACCGGGAUCUCCUCGCACCGCGACUGUACCUGGAGAAUCCGAUUGACUCAAAUAGAACACAGAGGAGAGUCCUGUGGAGUCUGUCCUUCUUUCCUCCCAGCGAGAGACAGCUGAGUUUAGACUCCGUUUAAACUCAUAUUAGCACAUCUUCCGUAACUCUGACCAGCAGCAUGUGGGACACUAACAGGUUAUGAGUGCACUUACAGCUUGGUGAUCCACAGAUAAGCCAAUGAGAGGAUGGCCAGAGGUCACAUGAUCUACAGAAGCGCCUACCAGCUGGUACUACUGAUUCUACUGAGCGUGCUCCAGCUGGCACAUGCGCAAACUCCUCCUCAGUUCACUCGGACCCCCGUUGAUCAGAUAGGUGUUCAGGGGGGCGUGGCCUCCUUCGUAUGUCAAGCCACAGGAGAUCCGCCGCCUAGAAUCACGUGGAGCAGAAAAGGCAAAAAAGUCACCAACCAGAGAUUCGAGGUGAUAGAGUUUGAGGAUGGUUCAGGGUCCGUGUUGCGAGUGCAGCCGCUGCGGACCCCCCGUGAUGAGGCUGUGUAUGAAUGUGUGGCAUCUAAUGAAGCAGGAGAGAUCAGUGCCUCCACACGGCUCAGCGUUCUCCGCGAGGACCAGCUUCCCGCUGGUUUCCCGUCUAUAGAUAUGGGCCCUCAGCUGAAGGUGGUGGAGCGUUCUCGCACCGCUACCAUGCUGUGUGCUGCCAGCGGAACACCUGACCCUGAGAUCACCUGGUUUAAAGAUUUCCUCCCCAUAGAUACACACACUCACGGGCGGAUCAAACAGCUACGCUCAGAGUCAUUUGGGGGUACACCUAUCCGAGGUGCACUUCAGAUUGAUCAGAGUGAAGAAACUGAUCAGGGUAAAUACGAGUGUGUCGCGACCAACAGCGAAGGAACGCGCUACUCCGCACCAGCUAACCUUUACGUCAGAGAGUUAAGAGAUGUGCGUCGCAUCCCUCCUCGCUUCUCAGUGCCACCGAUGGAUUAUGAGAUCAUGCCGGGAGGAAGUGUGAAUAUUUCCUGUCAGGCAGUGGGCGUUCCCAUGCCAUAUGUCAAAUGGAUGCUGGGAUCAGAGGAUCUGACUCCAGAAGAUGACAUGCCUAUUGGGCGGAAUGUUUUAGAGCUCACAGAUGUACGCCAGUCUGCCAACUACACGUGUGUGGCCAUGUCGACUCUCGGAGUUAUUGAAACCGUUGCCCAGAUCACAGUUAAAGCCCUUCCCAAUCCUCCAGGAGCUCCAGUUGUCAUGGAGCGAUCUGCCACCAGCAUUACUCUAAUGUGGGACAGUGGAAAUCCACUUCCUGUAUCAUAUUACAUCAUCCAGUAUCGUCCCGCCUCCUCCACUGACCCCUUUAAAGAAAUUGAUGCCAUAGCAACAACUCGUUACAGCGUGGGUGGUCUCAGCCCCUACUCACACUACCAUUUCCGGGUUAUGGCGGUGAAUUCGAUCGGCCGCGGCUCACCGAGUCAGACCGUGGAAGCUCGCACGGCCGAACAGGCGCCGAGUUCCCCUCCUCGUCGCGUCAGAGGUCGGAUGCUGAGUGGUUCCACGGCGAUGAUGCAGUGGGAGGAGCCAGAGGAAGCCAACGGUCAGGUGGUUGGUUACAGGGUGUAUUACACGUCAGAUUCGUCGCUGCCUGUGAGCCAAUGGGAGAAGGAAAUGGUUCGAGGGGUCAAUUUUUUGAACAUACAAGACCUGACACCGAACAAAACCUAUUAUAUUAGAGUUCUAGCCUUCACCGCAGUGGGAGAUGGACCUCUUUCCAGCGAUCUGCACAUCAUUGCCAAAACAGGAGUCCCAUCCCAACCCACAGAGCUGAAGGCAGAGGUGAAAUCAGAGACCAGCAUUCUUCUGUCGUGGAUCCCUCCUGCUCACAGCGGUACAGAUGCCAUCACUGGCUAUGAGCUCAUUUACAGGCUUGGAGACCAGCCAGAGCAGAAAAUAUCAUUUGAUCCCAGCUCCAGUUAUCUGCUGAAGAAUCUGAAGCCGUUUUCCACUUACAUAUUUCAACUAGCAGCACGCAGUAAACACGGCCUAGGGGCGUUCACCAGUGAAAUCACAGUUCAGACUCCACAAACACAGUCCAUACCCCCUCCCCAGGAAGUUACAUGCAUAAGCCCCUCCUCCACAAGUCUAUUGCUCAGCUGGGCUCCACCCCUCACAGAUGAAAAUGGAAGCAUAACAGGAUACUCCAUCCGAUAUGUGGCUGUGGAACGGGAGAAAGAUCUCAUACAAAGGAUCUCAGACAUCCCGUCUAACUGUUUCCGGUACCGGAUAGAGGGGCUGAAGAAAGGGACCCUGUACUCUGUAACAGUUGCUGCCUACACUGACACAGGUCAAGGGCCCGAGAGCCUACCGAUAUUGAUCCGCACAGAGGAAGACGUGCCCAGCGCACCGCCACGGGGUGUGGAUGUGGUGGUCUUAAACGCCACCUCUGCCAGAGUGUCAUGGAAACCUCCAGUUGCUGAGCGACAGCAUGGAAGGAUCCGUGGUUACCAGGUGACAUACGCCAGACGAACAGCAGGGGAGAGAACAGUCUCUCCUAGAAUUAGGGAACUCCUACUGCGAGACCCACAGCCACAGAACGACUCGAAACAAUAUGACCUGAUUUUGACCGAUUUGUGGCCGAACACUGAAUACUCUGUGACUGUGGCUGCGUUCAACUCAAAAGGCGAUGGAGCACGCAGCAAACCUACUGUCAUCAGAACUAAGCCAUCAUUGCCAGGUAUGCCCCUGCUUACAGUCGCACCAUCGGAGGAUGGUUCUGCUCUACUUAAAUGGCAGCCUCCCCCUGCUGGUCUGUCCCCUGUGCUGGGCUACAGGCUCUCAUACGGCCAGGCUGACCCGACGUCAGACUCCUUCAUGGUGCAGGAGCUAGAUGCUGAGAAACGCACCUACAUCGUCUCGUCUUUGAGCGCAGGGGUGCUGUACGUGUUCCGUCUUGCGGCCCGUACCAUAUGGGGUUACGGUUCAAGCGCUCAGGUCACACUUUUAACACCAAACGUGGUGCAAACAACUACAGAUGACAUGGUAACAGCCCCGGGGACAACAGAUGUUCAGAAUGUGAGCGUACAGGAAACCAUUCCACUUUUGGCCAACUUAACGGCAGAAGGCAUCAACUCCUCAUCAGUGAUCCUGAGAUGGGAGCCACCAAAAAGCUCCGACCGGAUCCAAGGUUACCGCGUGUGGUUCGCUGUCACCUGUAGUAACGGCACAGACAUUGCCAUGGAAUCGGACGUUUUGGAGGCCACAGUGGUUCUAAAUGGCCUAAGGCCAAAUACUGAGUAUGUGGCGAGAGUGUGCGUACUUAGCAAACACGGCCCUGGGCCCUAUAGUCUCCCCAUAUCCAUCAAAACACAACCAGCACAGGAAGUGUUUGCCUUGAACUUCAGAGUGAAAGCUGCUAUGAAGAGUUCAGUGCUGCUGAGCUGGGAGUCACGAACCACCAGUAAUAAAGCACAGUCUCUCAUUAUCUCAUAUGGUAAUGGUGAGAGUGUGGAGGUGGAUGGGCGGCUCGGGCAGAAGUUGGUGACUAAGCUGAAGCCACAGUCUCUCUACACCUUCCUGUUGACCAGUAAAGCUGAUGGCACUGGAGGCCUGCAGCACCGUGCAGAUGCCAUGACGGCUCCAAACCUGCUGACCAGGAAACCCCAGCUGCUGGACAAGACCAGCUCUCAGAGCAUCGCUACCCUGCAGCUGCCCACUGUCCAGGGACAGGAUAAUGUCAGGGGUUUCUACAUUGUGGUUGUCCCUCUGAAGAGGCAGAGAGGAGGAAACUUCCAGAAUUUAUGGAGUGAUCCAGAUGAGAUGAACAUUGAUGAGCUGCUGAGGGAGAUUAAUGGCACUGGUCACUCUGUGCGUCUACGGAGGCAGGCGGAGGCAAAACCGUACAUCAGCGCUUAUUUGCAGAAUCUUCCAGCUGAAUUCAAACUUGGAGACGGACGUGUGUAUGGAGCAUUCGUGAACCGACCACUUGUAAACGGACAGGAGUGUGUGUGCUUCGUGCUGGCUAUUCUUGAACUGGGCCAGAACACCUUGUACUCCACGAGUCCAUUCUCUGAUGCCGUGCUGUUCUCCGAUGUUGAGCCGCAGCCAAUCGUAGACGAGGAGGAGGGGCUUCUGUGGGUGGUGGGGCCAGUGCUGGCCGUCAUCUUCAUUAUUAGCAUUGUCAUCCUCAUCCUCCUCUUUAAAAGCAAACCAGACAGGAAGCGGGCAGAGCUGGAGGGCAGGAAGUGCAGCUUUCCCAGCAGCAGUAAAGCCAUGAGUUCCCAGCAUCCAUCUGACCCAGUGGAGCUGCGUAGAAUCAACUUCCCAACGGCUGGUUUGCGUGCAUCUAUCAUCGGUUAUCGACGGUUAUCAAGCAUGACCAGCCACCCUCCAGUGUCCUUCUCAGAACUGCCAGCUCACAUAGAAAGGAUGAAAGCCAAUGACAACCUGAGGUUCUCUCAAGAGUAUGAGUCUAUUGAUCCCGGGCAGCAGUUCUCAUGGGAACAUUCUAACCUUGAGAUAAACAAGCCAAAGAACAGAUACGCCAAUGUCAUCGCCUACGACCACACCAGAGUAGCACUCUCCAACAAUGACGGUGUUCCAGGUGGUGACUACAUCAACGCCAACUUCAUAGAUGGGUACCGCCGACAGGGCGCUUACAUCGCCACCCAGGGCCCCUUGCCAGACACGUUUAGUGACUUCUGGAGGUUGGUGUGGGAACAACACACAGCAAAUAUCAUCAUGAUCACCAAACUUGAGGAGAAAUCCAGGAAUAAAUGUGAUCAGUACUGGCCCAGCAGAGGCACAGAGACAUACGGAUUGAUGCAAGCCACUUUACUGGACACGGUGGAGCUCGCAACCUACUGUGUCAGGACUUUUGCUCUUUUUAAGAGUGGGAGUGGCGAGAAAAGGGAGGUUCGUCAGUUCCAGUUUACAGCAUGGCCAGAUCAGGGGGUACCUGAACACCCCACUCCCUUCCUGGCCUUCCUCAGACGGGUCAAAGCCUGCAACCCCCCAGACGCCGGACCCAUUGUGGUCCACUGCAGUGCUGGUGUGGGCCGAACGGGCUGCUUCAUUGUGAUUGAUGCCAUGUUGGAGCGUGUGAAGCAGGAGAAGACGAUAGAUGUUUAUGGUCACGUGACUCUGAUGCGAUCUCAGCGAAACUACAUGGUGCAGACAGAGGAGCAGUACGUCUUUAUUUAUGAUGCACUGCUGGAGGCCGUUUCCUGCGGCAACACAGAGGUUCCGGCACGGAACCUUUACGCCUACAUCCAGAGACUGUCACAGACGGAACCGCCGGAGCACAUCAGCGGAAUGGAGCAGGAGUUUAAACGGUUAGCUAAUGCCAAAGCUCAUAACUCCCGAUUCGUCAAUGCCAGCCUUCCAUGCAAUAAGUUCAAAAACCGAUUGGUCAAUAUCAUGCCAUAUGAGACCACACGUGUGUGUCUGCAACCAAUCAGAGGAGUGGAGGGCUCAGACUAUGUCAAUGGCAGUUUUGUAGAUGGCUACAGGCAACAGAGGGCAUAUAUUGCGACUCAGGGGCCGCUGGCUGAGACAGUUGAAGAUUACUGGCGGAUGCUUUGGGAACACAAUUCUACUAUAGUAGUUAUGCUUACUAAACUCCGAGAAAUGGGAAGGGAGAAAUGUCAUCAGUACUGGCCAUCUGACAGGUCAGCACGCUAUCAGUACUUCGUGGUGGAUCCCAUGGCGGAGUACAACAUGCCUCAGUAUAUACUGCGAGAGUUUAAAGUCACAGAUGCAAGGGUAUAUUAAACACUCAUUAAAACCAUUAGGCUUACCAUGCUCAUGAA